CUUGGCGCGUGCCAUAUUUAAGUGAAGAAUCUAAACGGCGUUGGCCUCGGUACUUACUCCGUACUGUAUCGAUAAUCGGAGCACGCUGGCUUACCUCAUACAAAUAUUUUACUCAUCCAGAUCGCCACUACCAACAAAACUCAUUCUUAUAAAUCACCUUUCAUCCGCAUUCACUCAAUCGCAAUUCAUUGUACCACCUCUAGAUUUCGUCCGCAAACAUGCUGUCAAUCCGAAUGUUCCGCCCAGCCUCGUCCAUCGCCCGGCAAGGCGUCGCAUCUCAGCGACUCUUCCACGCCAGCCGUCCUGCUCUGGCGGUUCACUAUGUCAAGACUGCCGAGGAGUUCAAGAAAGUCGUCAAGGAGCAAGAAAAGGUCAUUGUGGACUGCUUCGCAGAAUGGUGUGGACCAUGCAAAGCGAUUGCCCCCAUCCUAGAAAGGACAUCCGAAGAAGCAGAAUUCAAGGACAAGGUCCAUUUCGUCAAGUUCGACGUCGACGAGCUGCCCGAACUGAGCCGGGAGCUGGGAAUCCGCGCCAUGCCGACCUUCCUGUUCUACAAGAACGGCAACAAGGUCGACGAGAUGAUUGGAGCAAACCCGCCUGUUUUGCUGCAAACACUGAGGAAGCACAAUGCUUAAAAGGGUUUUAGAAGGGAAAGACUCGGUGGUAGCUCGUGAAUGUAAGAUAUGGUAUAUAUCAUGUUAGAUCUCGUAGACAAUUGAAUGCUGCGACAAC